GGGGCGUGGGGAGGCCGCCGGCGCGGCCGGGAUUCCCGGGGCGUGAGUGCGCCGCCGCUGCCCGAGGUGGGGCGCAGCGCGCGGGGGAGCGCAGGGCGCGGCGGAGUCGGGUUUCAGAGCGCUGGUGACUCAGGGCGCCGGCUGGGUGCCGGGAGCUGGGAGCCGGGAUCCUGCCUGCCCGCUGCGUUGCCGAGCGCCGCCUUUGUUCCCUGCAGGAAGGGCGAGCGCGGCGGCCGGCGAUCCGCACCCCCUCGUCCUCCGCGGAGCUCGACCGCUCUGCUCCGCUCGCCGCGCGCCUUCGGGAGCUCCGCAGACCCGCGAGAUGGCGCCAAGGAGGAACGGGCGGCACUGGUGCCUGAUGUUGCUGCUGUCGGUCUCCGCGCUCCUCUCCGCGGUCACCCAGAUCCGCGCCGCAACAGAGCCCGCUUCCCAGGGCCACCUGGACCUCACAGAGCUCAUCGGUGUCCCGCUGCCCUCGUCUGUAUCCUUUGUCACGGGCUAUGGUGGCUUCCCGGCCUACAGCUUCGGGCCUGGUGCCAACGUCGGCCGGCCGGUCAGGACCCUCAUCCCGUCCACGUUCUUCAGGGACUUCGCCAUCAGCGUCACGGUGAAGCCCAGCAGUGCCCACGGCGGCGUGCUCUUUGCUAUCACGGAUGCCUUCCAGAAGGUCAUCUACCUGGGCCUGCGGCUCUCGGGUGUGGAGGACGGCCACCAGCGGGUCAUCCUCUACUACACGGAGCCUGGCUCCCACGUGUCCCACGAGGCUGCUGCCUUCUCGGUGCCUGUGAUGACCAACAGGUGGAACCGCUUCGCCGUGAUUGUCCAGGACGAGGAAGUGACCCUCCUCGUGGACUGCGAGGAGCACAGCCACGUCGCCUUCCAGAGGUCCCCCCGGGCUUUGGCUUUCGAGCCCAGCGCAGGGAUCUUCGUGGGCAACGCGGGAGCCACGGGGCUGGAGAGAUUCACCGGCUCCAUACAGCAGCUCACGGUCUACCCUGACCCCAGGACGCCCGAGGAGCUGUGCGAAGCUGAAGAGUCGUCGGCAUCGGGAGAGGCCAGUGGGCUCCAGGAGACGGCCGGAGUGGCUGAGACCGUGGAAGCUGUCACCUACACUCAGGCCCCGCCUCAGGAAGCAAAAGUUGAACCCAUAAACACACCUCCAACUCCACCCUCCCCCCCUGAGGACACGGAGCUUUCUGGUGAGCCUGUACCUGAGGGGACCCCGGAAACCACCAACGUGAGUGUCGUCCAGCACAGCAGCCCCGAAGAAGGGUCUGGCCAGAUGCUGAAUGACACCCUGGAGGGGGUUCAUGCUGUGGAUGGUGACCCCAUUACUGAUACUGGCUCGGGCUCAGGGGAUGGGGCCUCCCUUGACAUCAUUGAAGAAAAGGGUUUAGCAACAACAGCAGCAGGGCCGGCUGAGGUGCCCAUCAGCACUGCCGGGGAAGCGGAGGCUGACAGUGUGCCCACUGGGGGACCAACCCUCUCCAUGGCCACCCAGAAACCCGGAGAAGGGGUCACUCCAGGUCUGGACGAUGAAGAGGGGUCUGCGGCAACAGCAGCAGAGGAGGCCGAGGUGCCCACCAGCACUGCUGGGGAGACAGAGCCCGGCAGUGUGCCCACCGGGGGCCUGGCCCUUUUACAGGCCACCCAGCCCCCCAGUGAAGAGGUCACUCCGGGUCCAAACGGUGAAGAAAGUUCGACAACAGCUGCAGCUGUGACAGAAUUGCUCCUCAGCACUUCUGAGGAUGAGGAAGCCAGUGGGGUCCCCACAGAUGGCCUGGGCCCCCUCACACCCACAGCAGCCCCUGGGCAAGCGGUGACUUCUGGCCCUGGCGAUGAAGACGGCUUGGCCACAGCCACAACGGAGGAGCCCCUCACCAUGGCGGGGGGCGAGGAGCCCGGCAGCGCUCCCCCCGACGGGCCACCCCUCCCCGUCCCCACAGCGGCUCCCGAAAGAGCGGUCACUCUGGCUCAAACAGUACAUGCAGGAAUGAAAGAACAGGCUGUGCCCAAAGGAGAAACGGGCGAUGCUGGGGAGGGGCUUCCUGGCUCCCCUGAACCUUCUGCCCCUGCCAGACCCACGGUGGGAGCGGAGGUGGAGGGCUCCGGCCCGGUCUGGGGCUUGGAUGUCGGCUCUGGCUCCGGUGACCAGAUGGGCAGCGAGGAGCUGCUGAGGGGUCCUCCAGGUCCCCCGGGCCCACCUGGCUCACCUGGGAUUCCAGGAAAACCAGGAACUGAUGUUUUCACGGGACCCCCUGGAUCUCCUGGCGAGGAUGGAGCUGCUGGUGAACCCGGGCCCCCGGGCCCCAAAGGACAGCCUGGAGUUGAUGGAGUCACCGGCCUUCCCGGGAUGAAAGGGGAGAAGGGAGCAAGAGGGCCCAAUGGCUCAGUUGGUGAAAAGGGUGACCCUGGCAACAGAGGCUUACCAGGGCCCCCAGGGAAAAAUGGACAAGUUGGCACUCCUGGGAUCAUGGGACCCCCAGGGCCUCCUGGUCCCCCUGGUCCCCCAGGCCCUGGAUGUGCAAUGGGACUUGGAUUUGAGGAUACUGAAGGCUCUGGAAGUAUCAGUCUGCUGCAUGAACCCAGAAUCUCCGGACCUGUGGUUCCUAGUGGUCCCAAAGGAGAGAAAGGAGAGAGGGGACCCAAGGGUGACAGGGGGAUGGAUGGAGCCAGCAUUGUGGGACCCCCUGGGCCCAGGGGGCCACCUGGGCGCGUGGAGUUCUUGUCGAGUUCUUUGAUCAACAUCACCCACGGAUCCAUGAACUUGUCGGGCAUUCCUGAGCUUGUAGGGCCUCCGGGGCCAGACGGUACGCCUGGGCUGCCAGGAUUUCCAGGCCCUAGAGGACCAAAAGGUGACACUGGCGUGCCUGGAUUUCCAGGACUAAAAGGAGAACAGGGCGAGAAAGGAGAACCAGGUGCCAUCCUGACGGGGGACGUUCCUCUGGAAAGGCUGAUGGGGAAAAAGGGUGAACCUGGAGUGCACGGGGCCCCCGGACCAAUGGGGCCCAAAGGACCACCAGGACACAAAGGAGAACUUGGCCUCCCCGGACGACCUGGUCGACCAGGACUGAAUGGUCCCAAAGGUGCCAAAGGAGAUCGAGGGGUCAUGAUGCCGGGCCCACCUGGCUUACCUGGUCCUCCAGGCCCCCCUGGACCACCUGGGGCAGUGAUUAACAUCAAAGGAGCCGUUUUCCCAAUUCCUGUCCGGCCACACUGCAAAACGCCAGUUGGCACCACUCAUCCCGGGAAUCCAGAACUCAUCACCUUUCACGGUGUUAAAGGAGAAAAAGGAUCCUGGGGUCUUCCCGGCACAAAAGGAGAAAAAGGCGAUCAGGGGGCCCAGGGACCACCAGGUCCUCCAGUUGAUCCGGCUUACCUGAGACAUUUUCUGAAUAGCUUGAAGGGGGAGAAUGGAGACAGGGGGUUCAAAGGAGAAAAAGGAGACUCUAACGAUAACUUCUUUGUGUCUGGGCCUCCAGGCCUGCCAGGAAACCCAGGCCUGGCCGGCCAGAAAGGGGAGACUGUCAUCGGGCCCCAAGGACCCCCAGGUGUACCUGGCCUGCCUGGGCCACCUGGCUUUGGAAGACCUGGUGCCCCUGGGCCACCAGGACCCCCGGGACCACCAGGACCUCCAGCUAUCCUGGGAGCAGCUGUGGCCCUUCCAGGCCCACCAGGCCCUCCAGGACAGCCAGGGCUUCCCGGAUCCAGAAACUUGGUUACGACCUUCAGCAACAUGGACGACAUGCUGCAGAAAGCACAUUUGGUUAUAGAGGGAACGUUCAUCUACCUUAGGGACAGCACUGAGUUUUUCAUUCGCGUUAGAGAUGGCUGGAAAAAAUUACAGCUGGGAGAACUGAUCCCCCUUCCUGCCGACAUCCCUCCACCGCCUGCACUUUCCAGCAACCCCCAUCACCCUCAGCCUCCACUGAACCCUCAUUCAAGUGCCAAUUACGAGAAGCCUGCUCUUCACUUGGUUGCUCUGAACAUGCCGUUUUCUGGGGACAUUCGAGCUGACUUUCAGUGCUUCCAGCAGGCCCGGGCUGCGGGACUGUUGUCCACCUACCGAGCGUUCUUAUCCUCCCAUUUGCAAGAUCUCUCCACAGUCGUGCGGAAAGCAGAGAGACACAGCCUUCCAAUAGUGAACCUCAAGGGCCAAGUACUUUUUAAUAAUUGGGACUCGAUUUUUGCUGGCCAUGGAGGUCAGUUCAACACGCACAUUCCAAUCUACUCCUUUGAUGGCCGAGACGUGAUGACAGAUCCUUCUUGGCCCCAGAAGGUCAUCUGGCACGGCUCCAGCCCCCACGGGGUCCGCCUCGUGGAUAAGUACUGUGAAGCGUGGCGAACCGGGGACAUGGCCGUCACGGGACUUGCCUCCCCGCUGAGCUCGGGGAAGAUUCUGGACCAGAAAACAUACAGCUGCGCUAAUAGGCUCAUUGUCCUGUGCAUCGAAAACAGUUUCAUGACAGAUGCUAGGAAGUAAUAACCUUCUGAUGCUUCUUAAAGAGUUUUCAGAUUUUUCUUAUGUGAAGAGCUGACACUGAAAUCUAAAAUGUUUAAGUGUUGUAAAUAUUACAGUUUUUUUUAAUUACACAUUCGUUAUAAGAGCAACCAAAGAAAACAUACCUCAAUACACUCAAAACUGAAGACAUAAAGGACUCAGAUCAAAGACAAAAUCUGAUCCAUCUAUCGGUGCUAGAUUCUGUAGGAAACCCCAUGCAGUGAACACACCCCAGAACAGGUUAAGAGCAAGUUGAAGACAAAGGCCAUGGCACUCUGCCCACUGCAUCCUUCAGAAAGCUACUUCCUCCUUUUAACCAUUGUUGUUGAGUGUUAAGAUGUCCUUCAUGUUUUCUUACAAAGUCAGCGUUUAGAAAUGUUGCCCCUUUCUAAGUUAUGUGCAGACCGAAAGCUUUGUUCUUUCCCACACAUCCAUCAUUUGCAACUGGUAUUCUUACAGAGAAACAGAACUGCUCAAAUGAUCCUGUUUGUACUUUCUGAUAUUACCAGACUUCAAUGUUUUUUUCCCCUAAAAUAUUAUUGCGAUCAUGCUUUAGGAGUUUUAUAUUUUUACACAAUCAUAUUUUAGUAUGGCAUCUGUUUAUAUAACUCUGACUUGCCGGAAAAGUUGAAACUCCGAAUUAUCUGAAACUAGAAAAGAAAUAGCACAUAAUUACUACUUUCCUUUGGUGGCUCUCCUCCCCACCCCCACCCCACGAUUUUAUGACUUGCAUUUGGGAAGUCUUGAACUAUAACUGCAACUGAAACAAACAGGCUCACAGAGAUGAAUUUUCUGAGAAACAUAUAUCUUCAUGCUGUGUACUUUGAUUUUUUUUCCGAUGUAAGUGAACAUAAAAACAUCUUUUCCGGGCACUUUCUUC